UAUGAGUCAGCUAUUCAGAGAGAGACAGAGAGAGAGGGGGUAUAUAUAACUUCUAAGAAGUAAACAGAACGUAUUCACUAAAACAGAGUUGAAACAAUGUUCUCAGCCAUGGAACAGCUGGAAAAGAUGCAUUAUCAGGAGACCUUGAUUAAGAAAUCACAAACAGUUGAGAGAUCUUCUUCCCUUCGUAUUGAAAGACCAACUUCAUUGGUCCUUAGGCCGCAUGUAAAACGAAGGAACAGUUUACCAAGUCCUGCGGUUAUUGAAUCCAUUGCGCAGAUACCGAGUUUGGAAAGAGUACGAUCGUUUAGUCUCACAAGAGACGGACUGAAAAACUGUGGAGACAAAUUCAGGCGACGCAGUACUUAUAGUGAAGGCCAGGAAACAUGUUCCACGGGAGCAACGUCAUCAAUAGAAAGCAUCUGUCAGAAAGAGCAAUUAAGGGUGGCCAUCAUUGGGUCCAAAGGUGUCGGAAAGAAAUCUCUCAUAAAUCAAUUUGCAACUUCGGAGGAACUGUACAUAAACAAUAAAGAUGUAACGAGCAGGGAUGGAGAAGAAAUAUGUGUCGUGAUGGACGAUCAGGAGUCGUGUGUGAUGUUUGUUGAUGAAACAGAAUUAGCGAAUCAAGCAGAAAAUGAGUUGGUGGAUUCAAUAGUGGUGGUCUUUUCUGUCGUAGACGCCAAAUCUUUCAAAAACGGAAUCAGAAAAAUAGAAAUGAUGAGAGAAGAAGUCGAGUUUGACAAGCCCUUGUUUCUGGUUGCAAAUAAAGUUGAUUUGGCAAGACAGAGAGCCGUUGCGGAAAAAGAGGCCAAAAAGGUAGCGACCAGAUAUAAUUGCAAAUACAUCGAAACAUCUGUAGCUUUGAGUCACAAUGUGGAUCAACUUUUGGCGGGAAUUAUUCGUCAGGUGCGCAAUAGGCGUCAGAGUUACACCAAUAAAACGGAAGAACUGACCAAAGAUCCCAAAACAGCAUCCAUGUUUACAAAAAUACUUCUUCAGAAACUAAUGAAAAUCGGACAUCACGAAUUCUCCUGUACAAAAUUAUUUGACGUGUAGGAAAAUAAACCUGAAUGAAUUCUGUCCAAAGUAGAGAUAGUUUACAUAUCAUUGAGCGAGGGCUUUGGUUAUUAUGACUAACGCAUGAUAGUAUGCAUAGUAUGUGCUAAAACAACAGAGAUCGGUAUAAUCUGAUAUGCAAAGGGUGAAAGAUGAUGGUCUGAGUCACGAGAAGAAUGUUUGUAUGAAUGUGUGAGAUUCUGGUGAGAUUGUCGAUUUAUUGAUGUAUCGUAUAUUGAUUAUGUAUAAAACACACUGUUACAUGUUUUUCAUUUUAAAAAAUACUUUUUUACACUUUGUAAUAAAAUGUUUAUAUUCUAA